AUGAGCGAUCUCCUGAAUUACAUCCUAAACAAUGAGGAUGCUUUUCGAAGAAACCGCCUUCCGUCCCUCUACUCCGAUUUUGCGACUCAAAAGAGAACAAACCCCGAUGGUUACGCUGUCAAUGUCGCAGCGUGGGAGUCAGCUCUAAACCACGCAGCGAAGCGUGGAUAUACCUCGUCUCGUGGUGUGCGGGUACGGUCUAAUUCGAUAAUCUCCCGAGAAGGUCCGGCAGGUCGCAAGAAGACCGACCACCUUCUGAUACGGACUGAUGAAUCUUUACUGCGAGAUCUGGAGAUUCCUGAAUGGGGACGGCCUGUUGCUCUUGGUGCUGUUAUUGACGAAGCUAUGCGCAAACGUACUAUGAUUCCUUUGCCGGUAUACAAAACCACGCCUGGGAGUUUGCGCAAAAGUGAAUGGCGCUUAGUUGACCCUGCAGCUUUGAGUCCGUGGAAUGUUAUGAGCUGGGGGGCUCGGCAGUUGAAAGGGCUUGUGAUUGGCGAGAGUGAUUCUUCGCCGAAGCUACAGGUACAAGAAUUAGUGUUGGUGGAUAAUUUGCAGGAAGCAGGGGACCUGAUAAUUAAAAAAGCUACUGGUGGGAAUUCAUCCAAGUUGGACCUCAUAUACUCCAAAGAAAGCUUUACAGAAGAAUUUGCGACUACAUUAAACGAUACCACGGAACUUUCCGACUCUGAUUUUGAUGUUCUCUUAUUAUAUCUUUCUCGUGAUUGCGGGUCCAUUGCUUAUGAUGGCAAGACCAUCAAAUUCAAAUCUCCACACAACGCGGCGCAUAUCACGCAACAAGACACAACAAUCGCCUCCAUAAAAACUCUUCUGUCCACAAUCUCAAAACAGGUGACAGGUUUGGAGUCAAAACUUGCGGAAUUGACGCAGUCCGCCAAGUUGGCGUUGAUCAAUAAGAAUAGGGUAACAGCUCUUUCGGCUGUGCGGUCAAAAAAGCUCGUUGAACACAAUCUCGCGCAGCGGCUCAGCACUCUCGCCCAGCUAGAAGAGGUGUACUCAAAGAUCGAAGCGGCUGCUGGUCAAGUUGAGCUUGUCCAAGUCAUGGAAGCGAGCACUGGAGUGCUCCGUGGACUACAUACUCAGAUCGGCGGCACCGAACGAGUUGAGGAUGUCGUUGAGGAGUUACGCGAGGAAAUGAUGAAGGUGGAUGAGGUUGGAAGCAUCAUGAAUGAGGCAGGACCAGUCAUCGACGAAGGUGAAAUCGACGAAGAACUGCAGGCACUGGAGAAGAGCGAAGAAGAGGCGAAGGAGGAGAAAGAAGCGGAAGAAACCCGAAAGAAACUGGCCGAGCUCGACAGCAUCAGUGCGGGAGAAAAGAAGACCGACGUGGACUCGAUACUAGCGGAGAGUAUUGGCAAACUUUCUGAUAUGUCUGUCGAGGACCAGCCUUUGCCAGCGAAGUAG